AUGAGCAAUUCUCCUCCAGAAUACUUGUUCGUUGUGAGGCAUGGAAGCCGACUAGACACUGCCGACAAGUCAUGGCUUUCAACGUCGCCGACCCCAUACGACCCCCCUCUGACGUACGGCGGUUUCCUCCAAGCCAGACGAGUUGGCAACCAAAUAGCAAACAUACUGGGGCAAGUCAAGUCUGAAGAUGAAACACAAACUACGUCAGGCCGCUUCAAAAAGCGGAAGCGCUUCAAGGUUGUCAUCCACAGUUCUCCCUUUCUACGAUGCGUUCAAACCUCUAUUGGCAUCAGUUCAGGUCUUGCCCAAUCCUUGCCCGAUUCCACGUACAAUCCGGCCGACUUGAUUCUCCCGCGAGCUGUACCACAGGCCGAGCCGCAAUUUCAGUUCAAGUCCGCCCUCUUGCGUCUAGAUUCUUUUCUGGGAGAAUGGCUGUCGCCAGAAUACUUUGAGAUGAUCACACCCCCGCCUGGCCCAGCUCUCAUGCUAGGUGGCGCAAAGGCUGAGCUGCUGAGGCGAGAAGAUUACAGCAUUUACGACCACGUUGCUGAACCCGAGGUCCCACGGCCUUCGUCGGGCUCUCUCUGGCAAUCACCAACGUCAAGUCCCGCACAGGCCCCGACAUCGCCUUCAACAGAUAGCGAGGGGUCGAUGAAUGUGUCGGCGCUCAGAUCUUCUCUUCCUACACGAUCCGAUGUCAAAAGAGGAUACAUUCCUCCACGGCCUAUCUAUGCUGCCUCAAGUUCCGGAAGUAUUCCAGAUGGGUUUGUUGCUCACGCCAGAGAUGCCGCCGUGACCGUAGACUACCAGUGGGAUUCAAUGAGGGCACCUCUUGACUUCGGCGAUGGAGGCAGCCUUGGGGAAGAGUGGGCAUCCAUGCACAAACGGUUCCGGGGAGGCAUUAGAAAAUUGGUCAAUUGGUAUGCUUCGACGGAUUCUGCCGGGGACCUGGUCAUGAAGCCCGCCAAGGACAAUGGUGGCUGCGCAGAGCACGAAUUCGACGAUGAAGAGGUGGGGACGGUUGUAGUCGUGGUUUCUCAUGGUGCUGGAUGCAAUGCCCUGAUCGGUGCAAUUACUCACCAGCCAGUGCUGAUGGACAUUGGCAUCGCGUCCAUCACCAUGGCUUCUCGGAAGCCAAACCUUGAUUACAAGGAUCUGUUGGCAUCGACGCCUGCACCAUCCGAUCCCUCCGAAAAGCCCCUGGUAGCAGUCGACAAGAUGUAUGACAUGCGGUUGUCGGCAAGCACGGAUCACUUGCGACGGUCCAGCGCCUCAACUCCGACUUCCGCGAGAUCAAAUUUCAUCACCAACGUCUGGAACACAAACAAUGGCUCGCGGGGCCGGACCUCAACUCUGUCAAGCAUAGGCAGCCCAGUCAUGAGCCCAUUUACAUAUUCGGAUCCCUUCUCCUCCACCGGCAGUCGCAGCACCUCAGCCAGCGCCUCUCUACCACCCAUAGUUCGACAGGACUCGGCUCCUCAGCGGCCUUUGCCGAGGGGUCCCGCGCUGGCCUCGGUAGGAUUUGGCAGCACAGUUGCGUCUUCCAACAUGGGUAGUAGAUCGCCGCCUGCAACGUCAUCAGGAUUCGGCCUGUGGUCCGCUGGCCCGCCAUCAGCUGGGCCUUCGUCACUACGACUUAUGGACGACGGAAACGACGAUGCAGAUGACUUCAGCUCCAUACUGCCAGACUUUGACCAAAAGCGAUUCAAGAUAAACCCUCCUCCAAAGGAGGAAAAGCAACUAGAUCUGGCAGCGAGGCCGACUUCAUCAUCAGGCGUGAACGAUGCGCCCAUGACCGCCGAGUUUCCACCACCCGAGGCAGACAAGGUCCGAGACGCUUCAACACCAACCAUGUUCGCCAAUCCCAUCAGACUCCAUACGAACCUCGGAAGCGACAAACCUAUAGAGGAGGUAAAAGUAACGCAGCUUGGGGCAGGGCUCGGUGGUCUCUGGGGUAUUCCUCCUCCACCGGACGAGGCGGAGCGGUUCCGGGACAUGAGCCACACUAAGCGCCGAUGGACGGUUAAUGAACGAGCCUAG